CGCCGUCACUCUUGAAUAUGCAGCCCAUUCCGACUUAUCCUAGCGUGGUGUCGCCAUACGUUUCUCCACCGCAGGGUCCCAUGGUCAGUAACAGUGAACCAUCCUAUCUGUAUUCUCAUCAUACCAAUUCUCCUUCACUGUUCCAUCUACAAAACCACGUGGCGGACGGUUACAGUGUCGCAAGUAAUGCGAUUGAUCGUUUGGAACCCUCGGACAUAGUGGAAUCAAACGAAAGCGAUACGAACGACAGCUCAGACAGCGAUCAAACGGUAGUGUCUGAUGAAGCUUCGGACGAAUUAGAUCAGCUUGAUGCAGCCGAGUCGCUACACGACUCAAACACCGCAUACAAGCAGAAACUCUAUGCUUUGGGAGAAUCGGCAAUGGAUUACAGUCAGUACAAGGACAGCAUAAUGCCUCUGCUAGACGCUCAUCCCAGCGAUGUAAGGAUUUCGGUCGUGACGUGCACGCUUGGCAGUCGAGAGCCGAACAAAACCGAUUGUUUCAAGUACUUUGUAUGCAAUCCCCAAAAUGGGGCAUUCCAAUCGUUCACCUGUCCCUCGUUUACGGCGUUCAACAGAGACACCCGACUAUGCGACACGGCAUCAUACCAGGCCUGUAAAUCGCAACAAAUGCCCACUACCACACCAGCCUCCGUUAUACGUUACAAAGGUUCGGCCGGUCUCACAAACACGCACCUCAUGAAGAACGAUUUACUGACCGCCCAAAAGUAUAUGGAGCUGAUACGCCAGGAAGCUAACAAAUUGCUAACUCGAAAUAACAUGCCAUUGCCACCUGAGCAAACAGUCGUACUGCCAGCAUUGGAAACGGUCAGCACUACCGAGCUUCAGACCGUUAAACCGUCCGUCAAGGUGCGGCGAAAGUCGUCCUCCAAACAUGCCACAAAGAUGACCACAUCCACCACAACUACAACGACGACCACAACGAUCGCUCCCACUGCUAAACGAUCGAAAUCCACACGAAAGGGUCCUCGCUGCCGAGCCGAGGGCCGCAUUGCGAAUCCACUGGAUCAGCACAGCUACUACGUUUGUCACCGGAAGAGUCAGAAAAAGUUUGUCAAAAUGAAAAUGACCUGUCCGUCCGGGCUGAAGUAUUGCGCGGCAUCACAAUACUGUUCUUCGCACUGUUGAUCAAGCGCAUGAUCGUUUCUUUUAAUAAUUUUAAUUAUUUAUUUAUUUAUUACAUGACCCUGUUUUAAGAAUGCGUUUUAAGCGUUAGAAAUGUGAAUCGUUGCUUACUAGUACCUUCGUACUAUGCCUUUACCAGUUUUGUUAUUGAUAACAAAUCGUGAAAAAUAAAUGUAACUUUCGUAAAGAAUAAUUAAGCGGUAUUUCAAACAAGUGUUAAAUACUCGUUCCGGUGGAUAGGUAAGCUAAGAACAUCCCCGUGCCAAGCUGAAACUAUCGGUAUUUAUGUUGAUUCGAGAUGGAGAUUCAAGACGUCAUCUGUUAAAAGAAAUAAUUAAGUGAAACAUCUCUUCAAAUUCGUAUAAAAGGAACAUUCGUUGAGCCGAUAUCGGAGAUCUUUAACGGAACAUUUAAACCCCUACAUUUCC